AUGGCUCGAAUGAGGUUGAUCCCGCUCCUAGUCCUACUGUAUCUUCUCAUUUUGACUGCGACUGAAGAGAUGUCAUCCCAACACCAUGGUCUCCAGCUCCAACGUUUGGCACGCACUCGCUGUUCCCAAGGUCCUUACAAGAGGAAAAUCUCCUGCACCAGAAUGGAACUUACGGAAGUUCCCCAGGAUCUGUAUCCAGAAGUCGAAGAACUAGACCUUUCAUUGAAUGAGAUUCGAUCCAUUUUUAACUCCUCGUUCACUAGAUACCAACGGAUUAAGAAUCUAAAUAUUAGUUAUAGUAAGUUAAGUGAGAUAGCUACUGGCAGUUUUUAUGCCAUGCCAAUGCUGCAGUACCUGGAUCUGAGUAAAAAUUGGUCGUUGAGAUCUAUUACAUCUCAAAUGUUUAACUUCAGUAUAAACUUAUCCCAUCUUAUUCUUUCGUCAACAGGUUUAGAAUCUGUCCCCGGUGACAUAUUAAGAUUGCUCCCAAACCUACAGUUAUUAGACCUAAGUUUUACUGACAUGCUUUCACACAUUAACAUAUCUUCUUGUAGUUCAAAAACUCGCAUACUAAACAUCGUUUUUUUGUUGAGUAAAAUUAAAGCGUUGGUACCCAGCAGAUUCAGAAUAGAUUGCGAAAUAAAUUCGCUCAAUUACAAAGCGAUCAAAUACAAUUCGAUUGACCCUCCAACCAUAGCAACAAUACGAGCCAGAGUUCUCUCAUUUCCCAAUCGUAGACUGAGGCCAGAUCUUUGGGACCAAUUUUUUAGAGGCAUUGGAAUGUCUCAUAUCGAGGAGCUUCUUUUACAUGCCACGAAGAUAGCAAGGAUUGACCAGCACCAUUUCGCGUUGUUACGAAACAAACCGCUCCAGGUUCUCGACGUUUCCGGAAAUCACCUGCCCGAUCUUACCCAAAUGGGAUUUUUAGAUUUACCCCUAGUUUCUACCCUUAUAAUAGACAGAUGUCGUAUUAAAAAUAUUGGUCCUGUAAAUUUUGCCAGAAUGAAAGGCUUACGUAUUCUACAUGUUAAUCAUAAUAAUAUCAUAGAUAUCAACGAUAAUAUCCCAAAUCUCGAAACAUUUGUCUACAGUGAUUGUAAAAAACCGAAGUGGCCAGAUCAAAUCAAACAAAUUUUCAAUCAAACUAAGUCACUUAAACAUGUGAUAAUAAGAAAUGCCGGUUUGAACACAUUAUGGAUUACAUUUGUAAAGAAUAAUAUUUCACUGUUUGGAGGAUUGAGAACUGUUAUCAGCCUUGAUGUAAAGAAAAACCCAUUGAAAAGAUUGGAAUCAGGGAUAUUGACUGAUUUGUUGUUGCUACAAGAGUUAGAUCUGAGUGACUGUGAACUCAAAGGGAUCGAGGUGAAUGCAUUUGAAGGUCUUCAAAGUCUGCAGAUUUUACACCUAGAAGGUAAUCAGUUACUCGACCUUCCACAUGGGGUACUUUGGAAUAUGGCAUAUCUAAGGAACGUUUCCUUGGAGGGCAACAAAUUGAAGUAUCUUGAUAGAGAUCUCUUUUCUAAUUCAUCAAAACUUCGUAAUCUGACACUCGCUAGAAAUCAACUCACCGGAUUGAACCACAGUACUUUUGAGCCAAUAUUAAAUACCCUCUUCUCCAUUGAUAUUUCGGAAAACGAGAUUGCUUGUACUUGUAAUGUAAAAUGGCUUCCGUUAUGGUUAUCCGGGUCUAUCACACUUUUGAACGAAAUCGACACUAGAUGUUCCUCUGCCUCACUGGAAGAACUGCAAGAAAAGCCACUGAUGUCAUUUUAAAC